AUGAUGGAAGGCUUUUGGGAGCAGUGGUGGAGUGAAGCAGGCGUUUGGGCGCCCGGGGGCGAACCGAGCCGCGCCUGCGAUGGUGAGCGGUCUGCGCGCGUGCCUGCACCGCCCGCGCCUUGCCUCAGGCCCUGUUGCGGCGAUAACACGUCAGUAUACACCCGAGAUUUAAAACAUGUGUCCCAGGCUCCUGAUAUAGUGAAAAUGUCUCAGGAGUCUGUGACUUGGGUUGCCACCCGUUCUUUAUAA